AGUCCGAUCCUUUCUUCUCAUCGUCAACAAUUCAAUAUCCUUUACUUGUGAAGAUAACGCGAACGCAAACAUCUAAGUGAGUACAUGUGCAUAAGAAAAAGAAGCAAUUAAGCAUAACACUCUUCAAAUCUCAAUCAAUCUCCCGCCGGUUUGACAGCGAACGAGAGAGAGAGAGAGAGAGAGAGAGAGGAAGCGAUGAGUUUCGAGGAGUUCGACGACUGGGACGAGACGUUCCUGGAUCAAGCUAUUCGUGUGGAAGAAGGUCUCAUGGCCAUGUCUUCCACAAACCCUACUCAGAACUACCAGGACCACCAUCACCACCACCACCACCACCAGCAGCUGUCUCAGCUCAGUACGGUGGCUUUCGAUCCACCACCAUUUUACCCUGCUCACCAAGAUUUCUUGAGCUUCUCCCCUCCUCGAGAGUUCUCUCAGAGGCUUCCGGACCAACAUCACCUCCAACCCUCAGCCAUUACCAAAACCACAUCAGUCGUUGCUCCUCAGUCUCCUGCUGCUCUUCGGGCUGCGAAGGAGAAAGAUUUCGAAAUCAACAGAUUGAAGAGAGAACUGGGGCGUGUUUCGAAGCAGCUAGCUAACUUGGAACAAGAAUGUGUGGAGCUUCAGAAGGACAGGGAUAAAAAAGAAAAGCAGCUUAAUUCUCUUGUUUCACAGAUUGAGGCAAAGGAUGCUGAGAUUGACCAUUUGAAGAGCACAAAUGUGGAAUGUGGAGCUCCUGUUGAGGACAAUCCUCGCAUUUCUUUACAAUAUCACUCUGCAAAUUCUUCAAUUGACUUAAAUGGUCAUCGGAUCAUUAAUGCACAAAUGAGCUGUAAAGCUGUAGGAGUCCAGACAGAGACAUUUGAUGCUUGUACUCCUCAUCUGAUGUUUGGUAGGCAUCAUGAUCUUUCAAGCAAGUUGUGUUCCAUCUGGGAUACUGCGAAUGAGCAAGGAUCAGGAAGAAACCUGCUCUCUAGGUUGUUUUCAACAUGCUCAGAAGACCUUCACAUCCUUUUUAGUUGCACGGGCAUGAACUUGUCCUCCAAAUUAACUCAGGAAACUCUAGUAGAUAAAAGCUUCUUUGAUACUGCCUUACAUGAUUCUAUCAAGUCUGCUCAAUCCAUUGAAGCUGCAAAAGUGUCUUGGUUCUAUUCAAUGUUAGCAAAGCUCAGCAAUAGGUUGGUGCAUUUGGAUUCUGUAUAUGAAGCACUACUAGACCUCUGUGUUCUUCGAAAUGCUGUUAUUGGACAUAGAUCUCUGCACAUCUUACACGUUCUCUUGCAAUACAUGUUGAAAUCAGACAGAUAUGAUGGAAGGGACAAUGUUAUGGUUGAAGGCAUGCAUCGUAUGAAUAUUUUGGAGCCCUGUGUAUCCGGGAGGGUGGAUGGUGGAGGCCAGUUUGGUGAAAAAGGGGAUGAAACUUUCUUUUCAAAUUAUAUCUCAUCUAGUACAAGAUUAUUCAAUGUUGAAACUCUAUACAAGGAGCAUGAAAAUCCUGCCAAUGCCACGUUUCUUUCACGUAUAAACUGGGUUUCACUCUUUGGGCUGAUGCAUCAGAUUGCUAUGGAGAACACAGAAGAAUGUAUACGAGUGGAAGCAAUAUCUAUCAUGAACCUGGUUCUUAUGAGAAGUAAUCCAUAUUUAGAAAGAGAAAAGUUUGGUUUUGAAAAGCUGUUUGAAAGUUUGCCACGGUUGCUGAGGAAGGAAGCUGGAUUUUGUGUGCAAAAGCAAGCUCUGCGGCUUCUAUUUCUUCUCUUAAAUUGUCCAAACCUUUUGAUGAUGUUCUGUUCUGCUUGUAAAGACAACGAUGGUGCUGGAUCACCAGUUUAUGGUACAAAAGAUGCUUCAGCUUUUCAAGGAUUUAGUAGUAUCCUGGACGGCUUGAGUGAUUGCUUAACAUGCAGUGGAAAUGGUGAACAGGAGCUAAAGCUUCGUAGGCGUGCUGUCAUCAUUUUGGCUUUCAUUGCAUCUUCUGGAAAAUUAGGCUUUGAAAUCCUGUUGGGUUCAGGAAUGUCCAGAAGGAUCAAUUUUUUAGAGUUGAUUAUUCGAGUUUUGGCAUCAGAGUUGGACUCAGAGGAAUCAGAAUCAACUGAACUAUCAGAAAUCUGCAGAGAGAGGACCUUGUUCGUGCGGGAAGCACUGAUUCUUCUGAAUAGACUGGCAUCAAGUCCUGCUUACUCAGCAGCCGUCCUAGGAGCACUAACAAGCAGUAGAGACGUGACAAGCUUGACCAUAAAUGUUGUAAACAGGAAGUCGCGGCAAAGCUGGGGUUUCCAAAAAUAUGAUGUUGAUGGCACAAAAAAGAAAGUGCAGGUGGAGGCUGAAAUUGCCGAUUUAGCUCGGGUGUUCAAGUCGAGAGUUUUCAACUAUAUGGGGGACAACAUUUCGUGAUUACAUCCGCACAUUUCUUUUAUUUCUUCAACAGAUUACUAAUGAAUGAACGCUUCCAGUCGCAAUAACCGCGGCAACCAAAUACCUAUGGCAAAAUACUUCUGUCUCAGAGGUGAGAAAGUGAAGCAUCAAAUUGGUACUUGGUAGCAAGGGACCCUUCAUCAUCAGGAGAUUCUCGAUAGGUGAUAUUAGUGACAAUAAUGAUGGAUCAUGGUGGGGCGCAUUUCCUCAUUUUUGAGUUUGUGAGAGUAUUGGGUCCCUUCUGUAAUUUUGGAAUUGUAUAUAAAAUUUUAUUAUUAUUUUUUAUCUCAUGCGGCAUUCCAAUUUUUUAUUUGCUUCAUCCCUACAUUUUUUUUAAUGAGGGCAGAAGUGACCAAGAGAAGGCCAACCCCAAUAUUUUCUUUUUUCUCUUUUCUGCAGUCUGGACAACUGAACUGCCUUGUAGUUUUAGUAGUUGCCAGAGUACCAAAUGUUAUUUGGCAUUGUUCCAAGUA